UUCAUCGUUUUUUGCAUGCAUAGGCAUUUUUUCCAUUGGAUUGUAAAUUGUGGCAUUUUCCGAACAAGUUUUCCGAUUUAAAUUGUUGAUUAGCGUUCAUUCAAAGUGUUCCGUCGUGCUGGUGGUCGGUUCGUGAAAAUUGACGUGAUAUUUGUGUUCGAUAUCAAGCAUUUCAAAGUUUUUUCUGUUUCUAUGCCGUAUGCGUGAUUAUUAUUGUUUACCUUGUCAAAAUCUGUUCCCUAGUCGUGCAAAGUUUGAAAGUGUCGCGGUAGUUUUAAUUGAGGCAUCGAGGUUUUAGAACGGCGUGUUUCGAUACCAGAAACAGAGCAAACCAAUACCAGAUCCAUUCAUCCACCCACCCACCGACCAAUGAUGAUGUCCGCCAGUGGUAGCAGCAACAGCAAUGAUAAUGGAACAGGUGGCAGCAAAAGUGACACGUCGUCGUCGCGAGUCGGCCCGAUAAAGAACCCGUUGCUGAGUAUGCAGGUCACCGGUUUAACGUUAGACGACUUUGCCCACAAUGCAAUGCUACUGCCAGCGGCACCGAUACCGCCAACGGUGGUACCGACACCACCUCCACCGGCAGCAGCAGCAGCAGCACCUCCCCUACUGGAGGUCAGUCGAGAACCGGGAAUAACAACAGACAUCAGAAAACCGAUUGUGUUCAGUCCACAUCAACCGGGUGCCGUUCCCGAGCUUCAAGACCCGGACAGUUUUAGUGAGAUCGAUCUGCACUCGACAGCCGACUCGUCAAGUGCCGCACCAUCCGCUGCUGCGGAGUACAAUCCCCUUCUGGAUCUUGAGGAUUCCGAAAGCAGAAGUCUUGAGUCGAAUUCUUAUCUACAGCAAACAUCGGUUAUAACCGCCCAAUUCGCAGCUCAGUUGCCGAACGUAGCAUCGACUGUAUUUUCCACAUUCAGUCGAGUCAUUAAGGGUACUUCACCAGCCCCCUCACAGUCAAGUUACAGUUCACCUGUACCACCGGUGGUAGAGCAAGUCCCAAUCGCACAGGUAGCCUAUGACUAUUCCCAGCAACAGUUUUUGGGAUCCCAAAGUUUCCAAUCUACGGAACAACAACAACAACCGCUACCACCUCCUCCGACAUUUUUCAAUCCAGAAGCCGUUGGUAAGCCUUCAAUUGCUUCGACUCCACCAACGGUGCCGCCUACGGGAUCCAACACCUAUCGGCUUGGUGGAAGUAAAAAGAAAACAUACGCCCACAUACCUGGUUUGAGUACGGCAGGACCACCUUCCGCUGUGGUAGCUCCCGCACAAAAUCAAGACUUGAGUCAAUUUGUACCGAAUAAGGAAGCGGAGUAUCAAGGCUCACAAGAACAGCCAACCAAGUCGGGGUUUUCUUUCUUCGAGAAACUACCGAACCUAUUGGAAAAAAUCCCAAAACCAGCGUUUGGACCAUUACCACCACCCCAACAGCCCGUGGCACCAAGUCCUGUUGAUUAUUUCGGAGUUCAGUGUUCCAGUGUUCCAGAGGUUGGACCGGCAUUUGGACAGUGUUUGCCACCGCCACCACCGCCGAACCUAGGUCAACUUCCGCCGCAAGCUGAACCAGUAACCGGAGGUUCUUUAGAACAACAACCGCCGCUAGAAGUUUCGGAAGUUUUACUUCCUCCUCCUCCACCACCAACAUUCUUCACACCCGCCCAAGUUCCAACGGUUCCCCAGUUGCACCAAAACCAACCGUCCAAGAAUCCUUACAGUUCCAAUCGCCUCAGCCGAGGAGUGGGUCUAUACAAAAAUCCAUUAGCUCCUCAAGCACCUACAGCAGCUCCUACCUAUCUGCCUAAUCAAGAACCUCCUAAAGCCGCAUCCCCGGCAACCUUCUUUCAACCCGCUACUCCAAUCUUUCCACAGGAAUCCUUACCUACAUAUCCUAGUCAACUACCACCACCUAACCACUAUUCCAACGCCGUUCCACCGGCUCAACCGAGCAAACCCUUCGAACCACCAAGUUUGAUACCGCAGCGAAGCAGUGAGCCACUGUCGACGGGAGAUACCGGAAUCGUCACCUCCCGACCGCAAUCAUCGCUAAGCGAAUCCAUCAAUCGCCAGUCGAACCUGUUUACGCCGUUCGGAGAAGCUCAACCAAGGGAAACGAAAACCAUCCUUGACAGUCGUUCGAAAUCGAGUGAAAACGUUCUGUCGCCAGCACCGCGUCCCAACUCGAAUCUUAGCGAACCGGCACUGUUUAGCGACGGGCAACCGAUCAGUUUGUUUACGAGACCGGACGUAGUUCCUGAACCAUCUCCACCUGCAGUAGCAGCAUCAGCAGCACCGACUGAUUUCAGUAAUCAGCCUCCACCGCCAGCGGUCAGUUUCUUCAACCCAAACGCUCCGACAGAAAUCGGUAACCCACAACCGUCAACGGCAGUAAAUUUCUUCAAUCCAUCACAAGUUCCUCAGCAACCACCGCCUCCAGCUGUCGCUCUUCCACCGCCUCCAACGGUCGGUGCCGGUGGUUCCAAGCAGUACAACCUCCAGAAAACCCGUCGAAGUGCAUACACCGUUCCGCCAAGUCUUGGUCCGACAGUUCCAGCUGUUCAAAGCUCCCAACUAUUUGGUGCACCUCCUCAAUCACAAGCCUUUUUCGAACAACCUGCCGUCACAGUAGCUCCAAUAUCCUUAUUUAAUCCAAUCCCGGCGCAACCUCAACCAGCACAGUUACAACCGAGUUCGAUUCCACCCGCUUCGUUCUUUAAUCCAAUUGCACCGCGACCUCAAACCGAAGAUCUCAACGCCAAUCCAAUCCAGCAACCGGCUCCGCUGAAAUCAACCGAUCCGAAUUCGAAUCCAGUUCCAACAACCGGUAACUUCUUCUCCACUGAUUCCUGCUUUCCACCACCUCCAGUUGCUCCUCCAUCGGAUGUUCUGAACGCGAACUUUGCCUCGUUGCAAAUAUCCAAUCAACACCAAACACCUCCAUCGAUAGCACCGAUUCUUCCAAAUCCUUCCGACUACUUCAACACUGGUCCGGUGGUUCCGAACAACAAACCGAACCCGCCAACCGAGUCGCAGGUACAGUUUUUCAACUACUUUGACGAUACACCGACGGUGGUAAACAAGCCAACUGGAUUGACCGCACCACCACCAAGCACCAAUCAACCGUUAGCUGCUUGUACAUUUUUCGGAAACCAGAAUCGGGACGCAGUCGAUCAUUCGUCGGUGUCGGCUGACAGCGGAGUGAUUCGGAAAGCUUCCGCUCCACAGGAGGAAAACGAAGAGCAAUCAGUUCGGAUUAUCGAACCGGAAGACCGGGACGACGAAACCACCGACGAGGAACAGCAUUCGUCGGAGAGUGCCGUCAAUCAGAAAGACCGGGCCAUCAACGAAAGUCAACUGGACGAUCGGUACGACGAUCCGGUCGAACAGGAACGGAUUGGAAACGCCCCGGAGCCGAUCUUCAGCAGUGACAACUUGUUCGAGUUUAAGAAGUCCGCCUUCGAGGACGACACCUACUCCAAGGACGUACUGAUUGACGCCAACAGCAGCAGUAUGGCGGCGAUGACGGCAACGGCUGCGGCCGCCGGUACCGGCGGUACAUCGGCAGCCGCCGUCGACAGUUCGAUGGCAUCGAUUAGCGAAACCACGAACAUCGCCUACCGGCCGGUCUAUCGGCAUUGGUUCUUCCGACGUGAAGUGGAAAGCAAAGCUAUCUGGACACCGUUCUCGAUGAGUGAUUCGCUGGCCCUGGAGGACGCGCUACCGCUGGUCGACGGGGAAGCUAGUCCGAUGGUUAUUCACGUGGACGGUGGACGGCACGAUGUGGUUGUUAAGGAGCGCAAAAUGACGCCGGUUUAUUGGAAGGGAUCGUCGGAAGAAGUUCGAAGGUGUUCGUGGUUCUACAAAAACGUAGACUCUCGAUUUGUACCUUAUGAAGAAGAAGUUGCGGAACAGCUAGAACGGGAAUACAAGGAAGCUGCCACAUCGGGAGAGUGGCACCGGCGAGUGGUCAUUCCGAACGGGGAGACAGUUGUUUUUCACGGACCUUCGGUGAUCGUUCACUUUUUACAAACGCAAAAUCCCGACUCGUGGGGCAACACUUCGCCUGUUCCGCCAACAACUAACCGACCGCGGGUUGUCAAACGCGGAGUGGACGAAUUUAAUAUUGAAGACGGUGAACCGGAACGAAUAGAUCACCUGCUGUUUAUGGUCCAUGGGAUCGGCGAAGGAUGUGAUCUUCGUUUCCGACCGGUAGAAGAAGUGGUCGAUGAAUUCCGAAGCAUUUCUGCACAGCUGGUUCAGAGCCACUAUCGAUCUUCGUUCGAUCGGGGUGACAUUGGGCGGGUAGAAGUGUUGCCAAUUUCGUGGCACAACGAUCUGCACUCGGAGGAAUCCGGGGUCGAUAAAAAGCUGAAAUCGAUCACGCUGGAGUCGAUUCCGAAGCUGCGUAAUUUUACCAACGAUACCCUACUGGAUGUGCUGUUCUACACGAGCCCAAUGUUCUGCCAGAGCAUUAUCGAUGCCGUCGGGAAGUCAUUGAAUCGUCUCUACUCGCUAUUUCUGCAACGAAAUCCUAACUUCAAGGGAGGCGUAUCGCUGGCGGGUCACUCACUCGGUUCGUUGAUUCUGUUCGACUUGCUGUGCCACCAGAAAGGGCAACCAAUGGAGACGGAAAAUUCGGAUAAUUUUCAGGAAAAUCCGGACGGCGAUCGUGUGCCAGCGUUGAACAGCACCAGCAGGCCCCAUCCCAGCCAUCGGCGGCUAUCGCGCAAAUGUUCCCAGCAGAUCAACUACGAGGUGGGUCCAGCCGGGACCGGUCAACCGUACAUUGCCUACCCGCAGUUGCUGUUUCAUCCGAAAAAGUUUUUCGCUCUCGGAUCCCCGAUCGGUAUGUUCGUAACCGUGCGGGGGAUCGAUGCUCUCGGGUUGAACUUCAAGCUGCCCACGUGUGAUGGGUUCUUCAACAUUUUCCAUCCGUACGAUCCGGUGGCGUAUCGAAUCGAAGCGCUAGUCAAUCCGGAGCUGAGUAAUCUUCGGCCGGUUCUGAUUCCGCAUCACAAGGGUCGCAAACGGAUGCACCUGGAGUUGAAGGAAACGAUGCUGCGAGUUGGUACCGAUCUGAAGCAGAAAGUCCUGGACACAUUCCGGAAUACGGUGGAUGCCGUUUAUGCGAUCACUUCACUCAACCGACCCGAUCAGAAGGCGAUAGAACACGAGGUUGAUAAGGUUAUCGAAGAUCAACUGAAGUACGAAGGUGGUUCGUCGUCUUCGACGGUUUCAUCGGGAGAUUUGGAUACCGGAGAAACCGAUCUUCCUCUCGGACAGUUGAACAGUUUGCGACGAAUCGAUUACGUACUGCAGGAGGCUCCCCUGGAAUUUUUCAACGAAUACUUGUUUGCCUUGACCAGUCACGUGUGCUAUUGGGAAUCGGAAGAUACAAUGCUGUUCCUGAUGAAGGAGAUCUACUGCAGUUUGGGAGUGCAAAGUGAUAGCCAAAUACCGCAACAAUCGAUGACCAUCGAAAGGCCCAUCGCUAGUCCAACACCUUCCACUUCGUCGCACUCCAAUUACCAUCUGUUUCCACAUUCUCAGCCACCGCCGAGUGUCAGCAAUCGAUAGGGAGGGGGGAACGAUGAAACAAGUCGGCAUUAGUGGCAGUUACUUUUAAACGAAAUUGAAAAAAAUAGUUUGUUUUGUGUUUAAACUAAGAUACUUUUCUGUUGAGUAAUUAUGUAGUUUUUAGAAAGAAGAAAUGUUAUUUACAUUCAAUGGACAAAGUACAGAUGUAUGGUUUUCUUAUUUUUCGCACUUACGAUGUCUCGUAGUCAAAAAAAUAAAAACAACAUAAACUCAACUCUGAUCGUUUCCGCAACCACCGCGAGAGUUUUUAUGUUAGAAACUAGGCUAAUAAAAUAAUCUACAACAAUAUAUGUAACUUUUCGAUGUUGCUUACUGUAGGAUAGAACCACCUUCAAGUAAGAUCAAUAUUUUAUUGUGGUAUGCAACCGAAGAAA